AUGAGGCUAACCAACACGAAACCACCACCACCGCGGAAUGCUGCAUUUUAUAUCACGAAGUUGUGUACUAUUGCGGUUUGUGUUUAUGUGUUGAAAAUGGCAAAGUUAGCUGAAGUUAUGCUACGCUCCCGUAAAAUCAUACAACCCGUCAUGCUACUCUCGUACGCAUCGUUCGCCAUUUUUGUCGCUCUCUGGUUUUACACGGGUCUAGUCGUGAAGCCGAAGCACCCUAAUUGGAGUGAAACGCAUAAGGGACUACUGCACACUGCCGCGGGCGCAUGGUGCGCUGGGGGAUUCCUUUGGGCCGUAGCCGUGUGGCCAGUGUUUCACAUAUGGACAAUUCCCCUGGGUCUGGUUUCACUCGUACUUUUCCUCAAUCUUGUUGCGAUCAUACCGUCAUUUUCUCGGAAGGAGAAAGAGUAA